AUGGAGCUGAACCAGACAUCCCCACCUCCCACACUGCCUGUGCCAGAGACCGGUGGAAGAGACCUGUGCACCAUAGAUGUCACUGAUAUGGCCAUAGAUGGCGUCACGCUGCUCAUCUGCCUCUGCGGGCUGGUGGGGAAUGGGGCCGUCCUCUGGCUCCUUGGCUUCCGCAUCCGCAGGAACCCCAUCACCGUCUACGUCCUCAACCUGGCUGUUGCCGACUUCACCUUCCUCCUCUUCAUGGUCACCUCGACCCUCCUCUACAUGGUGGAGAAUGCCUUUUGCUCAUCUGUGUCCUUGGUGUACCUGAGGUCUCUUUUACUGCUCUCGCUGUUCUCCUACAACAUGGGCCUGUACCUCCUGACGGCCAUCAGCAUCGAGAGGUGCACGGCCAUCCUCUGCCCCCGCAUCCGCCGCCCCCAGCACUUGUCAGCCGUGGUGUGUGCCCUGCUCUGGGCCCUUUCCAUCGGUGUUAUUGCUGCGGUGUCGUCUUUGUGCCUGCUGUACAACCAUGAGCUCUGCCGGGUGGCUCUCAUCUCCAUGUAUGUCCUCAACUUCCUCAUCUUCGCCCCUCCCAUGGUCAUUUCUAGCACAAUCCUCUUCAUUAAGGUUCAGUGUGGCUCCCAGCAGCGCCAACCCGGGAGGCUCUACAUCGUUAUUUUCCUCACUGUCCUCCUCUUCCUCCUCUUUGCUCUCCCCCUCAGCAUCUGGAACCUCCUGCAGCAGAUUAGCUACACUGUCGUGUCCUCCCAGGUCGUUUUCUUGCUUGCCUGCAUCAACAGCAGCAUCAACCCCUUCAUCUACUUCUUGGUGGGGAGCUGCUGGCAGCACUGCUCCUUGGUGUCCCUCCAGGUCGCCUUCCGCAGGGUCUUUGAGGAUCCAAAAGAUACCACAGCAUGCAGCAAUGAUACCACGAUGGACACCCUGACCCCAGGCUGUUGA